AUGGACCUCCCGCCGGUAUCCGACACGUUUGUCGAAGCUGUCGGCUAUUUUACGUGCCUGGUACAGAGUGACCAUGGCCCGUCCAACCCACAGUUUAGGCUGAAGAAUCCUGCCAUCGGCGAUACUCCUGAAGACUUGUCGGAUGAGGCUACGAUAAUGAGAAUGCUGGAUGUGACGAAGGAUUGGAGAUGGCCCAGCUUUAUCACGCAUCAGAAUGCCACGAUGCAGCGACCAGUGAAGGCACUUGAGGGAUUUUCGAAGGUAGAUGUUUCGAAGGGUGAGACGAAAGCGGUAAGAAUCCAAUUGGACAAGAAGUAUCUAUGCAUGAAGUUCCUGGAAUUAAAGCGUCGACUUUUGGAGACUAGAGCAAGAGACACCACGUUAGUUUAG